CAACCGACACGAUUGUUUUUUAGACUCCCUGAAUAGAAAAGCGUCGAUUGAUACUCUCUUUGUUUACUAAAUCGUACAUUUUCUAAUUAUGAUUCCUGUAACAAUUCGUUGGCAGGGAAAAACAUACAAUGUUGAAUAUGAUCCUGAAGAUACUGGCAUUUCCUUAAAAAGCAAAUUGUCUACUCUUACACAGGUGCCUCCUGAACGACAAAAAAUUAUUGUGAAAGGUGGGCAACUAAAAGAUGAUCAAAUUUUAAAAAAUGUUGGCUUGAAACCAAAUGGUACAGUAAUGAUGAUGGGUACGCCUGGUGAAUUGGUAACGAAUAUUCCAAUUCCUGUUAUCACAGCGGCUGCAGAUCAGGCUUCGGAUUCUGAAGAUGACAAGUACCCAUCUGGCCUUGUCAAUUUGGGAAAUACUUGUUAUAUGAAUUCCACAAUCCAAUUGCUGCGUGCCAUUCCUGAGCUUAAAGAAGCAGUCCAGAAAUCCAGCGUUCCUUCUGGUGUAGUUGGUGAAUUUUCCAGUUUGUUACGUUCUAUGGAUUCCUCUAAUUCUAUAACCCCCGCUCGUUUUCUUCAGAAUUUACGUUCAGAAUAUCCUCAAUUUGCUGAAAUGAGUCGAGAAACAGGUGGAUAUGCCCAACAAGAUGCUGAAGAGUGCUGGUCAUUCUUAUUGUCUUCUUUACAACGUUCAUUAUCUUCAGAAUGGGUCCAGAAAAAUAUGGCUGGAAAACUUACAUCUACAAUGAAAUGUGACGAAAACGAAAAUGAAGAACCUACAGUUUCUCAAGAUACUUUCCUUAGUCUUCCAUGUCAUAUAUCGAUGCAUACAAACUAUAUGACUCAAGGCAUUUUGGAAGGAUUGACCCAAAAAAUUACUAAGCGAAGUGAAUUACUUAAUCGUGAUGCUUCGUACAAUAAAGUCUCACGGAUUUCUCGCUUGCCAAAAUAUUUAACCGUCAAUUUUGUUCGCUUUUACUGGAAAGCGUCUCUUGGUCAAAAAGCUAAGAUUCUUCGUAAGGUCAAAUUUCCUUUUGAGUUAGAUGCUGUAGAAUUUUGUGCCCCUGAACUCUCUCAAAAGCUAAUUCCUGUUCGUGAUAAACUGCGAGAAAUCGAGAAAAGUGACGAGGAGCAAGAACGAAACAUAAAACGUAUUAAGAUUCAACCUUCUGAAGAGGAACGGGAAUCAGAGGCGGAGCGCAGAUUAACACAAAUUGCAACAUGUCAAUCGCUUAUAGAUCCACAAUUAAGUGAGGAUGACGGUGCUAAUCUGACCGGCUUGUAUGAUUUAAUUGGUGUUCUGUCUCAUUCAGGUGCAAGUGCUUCUUCUGGACAUUACCAAGCCUGGAUCCGAAAUCCUGAUCAGCAUAGUGAAUGGUUCCGUUUCAACGACUCCCGAGUAAGCACUGUACCCGCAGAGAAAAUUGAAUCUUUAGAUGGUGGUGGUGAAGCAGACAGUGCCUAUAUUUUGCUUUAUCAGGCUAAAAAAAUAGAGUAGUUUAUGCUAGUUUACCUAUGAGUUAUGGCAUUUUUUUUUUCUGAUUAAUGAAUAACGGAUACUUCAGUGAUAGGUGAAUCAUUGAUGUUUAUUGUGAAGUUCAUGAAAAAUACGGAUACUUCGUAAUAGAAAGUUGUAUUAGAAUUCUAAACACCCACAUAAUCUUUGUGAAACUACGCAGAAUAGACAUAUUUCUACUAUGGGCAUUUCAAGUUAAUAAAAGUCUUUGCGGCAAAGUCCGCAUUCUAAAAGUGUACACAAUGACAUCUUAUUAUAUUAAGCUGGCGUUCAUUUUAUUGAGCAGCGGCUUUGGCGGCCUUAGCAUUCUUGAUGGCUUGACCACGGGCAGCGCCGGCGGAAGACUUAGCAUUGCCAGCCUUCUUCUCGGAUUCGGAAGUAGCCUUCUUAUCCUUGGCUUGCUUCACAGCAGAGGCACGGGCGGCAGCGCGAACUUCAGGGCGUUGGUUACGCUUCUCCUUGAUGACAUCCAAAGAAGCACCGACAACACCACGCUGAUGCUUAACAGUGCGGCGAGAGCGCUUCUUGGCGGAUUCCUCAGAGAGACCCUUCUUGUGCAUACGACGGUAGAGGACAGUCCAAGACAAGCGACGAGGAUUCUUGCGUUGCAAGAAGAGGCUUUCAGACUUCUUGUUUACGAAGCGGAAAACCUUGUUAUCGCCACGGACAAAGAGUCUUCCAGCUCCAGGAUAUACUUUAGCACCAGAGAAUGAGCAGAUUUCCACCUUCAUUUUGGCUUGCUUUGGGAAGGGUCUUUGAAAAAGUUCACCGAACUGUUCACUACCACCAACACUACGUCUUGGCAGAACACUUAAAGUACAGUCACUUACCCUACCCUAAAAGCUUCUCAGAGAUUUAAACAAGAAAUGUUCAGUAUUUAUGGACAAAAUUAUAUAUAAUUAAAUUAUUAUUGCAUUUGAUUAAGUACCAUUGCAAUUAUAAAAUUUAUUAUAGAAUCCAUACGAGUCCAUCCGUAGUAAGUUCAAGCUAAUGAAGAUUACAAUACACAAUUCCACAAAGUAAUCGUAAAUGCCUUAACCGGUCUAAUUGUCUGAAUCUAUUUGUCGUAGGUAAAUAAACUCUACACAUUCUCAAUGUCUAGAAUCAAAAUUGCACAAUUCCAAGUAUAUACAUUUAAUUUAGAAAAAUAAAAGCUUUUGUCAGGUAAGCUUAUUCUAUCAGCGAGAGAAUAUGUCUCACCUAAAGAGUAAUAUGUACUACUUCAGAAAAUACCGUCAGAGAUAGCUUGUUUUUUGCCUGAAGAUUCUUCAAAAUCUGUUGGUUUUGAGCGUUUCUCACUAGCAUUUUUAACAGGGAUCAAUUGUCCAUCAGUACCCAGAUGAGGACUUUCAACUAGUUUACGUUGCAAGGCAUCAUCAACUAAACUUCCCCAUAGAUUAUCCGUUUUCAAUGUUUCCAAAUUUCCAACAAUAAAUAGUGAACUCCUUGCACGAGUCAAGGCAACAUUAAGACGACGAAAAUCUCUUAAGAAACCAAUUGAAUACUUUGAAUAACUUUUGACGCAAGAAAAGAUAAUGAUAUCUUUUUCCUGGCCCUGGAAACCAUCUACAGUUUGAAUAUCAACGGAGGACAUGAUAGUUUUUCCAAAUUUGUCUUUAAAAGCCUUGCGCAACUCAUGUAAUUGUUGACGAUAAGGUGUAAUAACGCCGAUUCUACCCGUAAAAUUGACAUCCGAGAAGCAGCCAACCAAUUUUUCAUACAUUUGUACAACAUAUCCAACUUCUUCCAUAUUGUAUGAAGAGGAUGUCGUGGAUAUCCUUUCCUGACCACGAACGUCAAAUAACCGAUACUGGCUAAACUGACUAUUUGAAUGCCAUACCUGCUUUGUCUUUUCAGCCAUACCCUCUCCGUCUUUCAGACGAGAUUCAUAAAACUUCAUACUAGGGAAGUAACUAAUAUGUGGAUGCAUACGGUAUUGAAUGCUCAAUAAACACAUCUGAUCAG